CUGAGGAUACCUUGCAGAAGGAGACUGAUGUCACAGGUAUGGCACUGCUGGGAUAACACUGUACUUCCACAAGCGUUGCUCACUUGUCCCUGUGUUCCCACCGAGGGCGACAUGAUGGAUAACCGGUUUGCUACAGCGCUGGUGAUCGCCUGUGUUCUCAGCCUCAUCUCCACCAUCUACAUGGCAGCCUCCAUUGGCACCGACUUCUGGUAUGAGUACCACACCCUGUCCCCAGCUGAGAAUGUUAGUGAAGCUGGGAGAAGCAUCUGGGAGGAGUUUGUCAGCAAAGAUGCAGAUGAGAAGACGUACACAGAUGCGCUCUUCCGGUGCAAUGGCACGGUUGGAUUGUGGCGGAGGUGCAUCACUGUACCCAAAAACUCUCACUGGUACAGCCCACCAGAAACAGAUAUGACUACAAACUGCAUCAGUUUUUCCCUCUCUGAUCAGUUUGUCGAAAAGUACAUAGAGCCUGGAAAUCACAACAGUGGCACAGAUUUGAAUCGGACUUACCUCUGGCGACUGCAGUUUCUUCUGCCCUUUGUCAGCAUCGGCCUCAUGUGCUUUGGGGCUCUGAUUGGGCUCUGUGCUUGUGCCUGUCGAAGCCUUUACCCGGCCAUUGCCACUGGAGUCCUGCAUUUCCUAGCAGGGCUGUGUACACUGGGCCUCGUUGGCUGCUAUGUAGCUGGGAUUGAGCUGCUCCAUAGGAAGCUGCCUCUGCCAGAGGAUGUGAGGGGUGAAUUCGGCUGGUCCUUCUGCCUCGCCUGUGUGUCAGCACCUUUGCAGUUCAUGGCAGCUGCUCUUUUCAUCUGGGCAGCUCGCACCAACAGGAAGGAAUUCACUCUCCUGAAAGCCUACCGUGUGGCAUAAGUGCUGCUACUGCAGUCUGGGCUUUCCAUGUUAGAGCGUCUUCUCCCUCAGCCCUUAUUACUUUUUUCUUUUAGUCAGAAUUUUAUCAUGUACUGCAUGCUUCUUGCCAGUCAAGACAGUUUAGCCUGCAGGCCCUGAAGAUGAAGACCUCUGGGCUAAAUGACCAAAGCCUGCCAGAAGUCUGCAGAUGUAAACAGGUUUUUAAUUUUUUUUUUUAAGAAUUGUUAUUAUUUUUUAAGCUACAUUUGGUUGGUGGCAGUUCCCCUUAUGUGCCCCUUUGUUCUUUUAUUGCCUGGUCAGCCUGGAGGAAAUAGAAGUGGUGUUGUGGGGUGGAAGAGAAACAAGAAAAGGUGCAGGUAUGCAGGAAUGGGAACAUCAGUGUGCAAAUUAUACAUAAUCAAGAGCUGUCUGCUGUGUGACUGAAGCAGGCAGUACCUAACAGGGAGCACCCAAGAGACAUGAGGGAAUUCAGAAACCUCUGUUAUGGAAAUACUGUAACUAAAUCAGUCUGUAGCUCAGCUCUGGGUCUCCUGUCACUAGUUUUGUGGCAUCUGCCAGAACUGCUGGAGGCAGAGCAGGCAGCUGUAGUAGUGUCUGUACAGCACACCUUCCUGAAGGCACACUUCGCACUUGCUUCUUCCAAGGAGUGGGAUAAGAUGGCCCUCAUGGAGCACUGUCCUGCUGUAGCUCCAGUGCUUUCAGGACCCAGGCUAAUUUGGUAUCUGCACUACAUGUGAGUGUGUACUCUAUCUUAAUUUGUGGUGCUUUUGCUUGAUGUGGAAUAAGGCUUUCUUCUUUCUUAUUGAAAAUUACCUCCUCACAAGUAUUUUGGUUUUAAUUUGGUUUAGUGUAUGUGUGUACAUGUACAUAUAUGAACUUAACUCUUUUUAAACCUCACCUGUUUAUCCUGUAUAGCACACAACAGGGUUUUUUUAAAAGGUGCUGCUCUUUUCCCAUUUUGUUUAAAUUAAAUAAUAAUAGUAAUA